GUGUUACAUCGCAUUGCUGCUGGUAUCGUACCAUAUCCAUUCAAUCUUGCAUCAGUAGUCUCCUCUAAUCCUGAUCUUUAUGGUCCCUUCUGGAUAUGCAUGACUCUUGUACUCACGACUGCUCUCUCUGGAAACAUAUCAAAGUUCUUCAGCGGCAGUGUUAAAUGGGACUUUCAUUUCCAUGAGGUCAUAGUCCUCCUAACUUGCAUAUACGUGUACACAAUAUGCCUUCCAUUGGGUCUGUGGGGGCUGAUGGUCUGGAGGAAAGUUGAUGGUAGAUAUUCUUUAUUUCAACUGCUGACUGUGUAUGGAUACUCCAUGUCUGCCUUUAUACCAUUGACAGUUAUUUCUCUGGUUGAUUAA